AUGACUGCUCGCAACCGGGGUGAGAGAAGCUCUGAACACGAUCUCAACGGUCUACCCAGCCAACACACCCCCUGCAUCCACCGGAAAAGCGGUCAGUUCGCGCUGGCGUCGGAUCAGGUGCUAGGGAUGGUAUUUGAGCACUCGGAGGAGCCCCCUCAGACCCCAGGCCGUCGCACAACUUCGAGAACAUCCCUAGUGGAUGUCUUCGAAGGCUCCGCGGUGCAAUCAACGCUCACCGAGUGGUCGCGAGACACAUCGCCUUCCAGGAACCACGACAAGGACCCAGACCGGGUGCUGAAAUUGUCUCCCGCCAAGAUGCAGGAACUCACAUCCUCACCCCAGUCUAUCCCGUAUCGUGCAGCGCCACCGGAGCAAUCAGAACGCGGACGACGGGCAGUAUCAGAUGGAACGCAUGCAGCAGCUACGCAGCUUGAAACGCCAGAGCCCACAAGCCUGCCGUCUCUGGAUGAAACUAAAUUUCCAUCCGAUACUCUACCUAGACUCCGUCUGCCCAAGGAUCUUUCCAUCGACACCUCGACCCUCUCGACUGGGAGAACACCUGCGUCAUCCUCUUCGCGAAAUCGACCACCAAACUCACGGGCCGUGUCAACACCUAGCUCCCGCCGACAGACCUUGCCGGCGACGAAUGACCGGCUGGCCCAGACAUGGGCGUCUCGCACAAAACAAGAUCGCCUUUCGAUCGCUCGGGAAUCAGAUUCGAAACACCUUGAACCAUCUCCACAGAUGAAAGAACAGGCCUUGCCUUCACCGAUGCCCCCGAAUAUUCCUCUGCCGCCUCUAUCCGUUCCGACUUACCUCCAGUUAGAGCUGGCAUCGGGUCGGCCAUCACCGCUGUACAUUCACCGCUCUGCAAUGACUGACUUCCCUUACGAAUCUUCUCGAGUCAAGCUUGAAAGACUCAUGAACUUCCUGAUGCUGCCGCCGGCGGUAGAGCAGGUACUUUGGUUCGGUAUAUUGGCAUGUCUAGAUGCGUGGUUGCAUUCUUUUACCAUUCUUCCGCUCCGGUUUCUGAAGGCUUUGUACAUACUUGUUGAGUCAUGGAUUCUGAACUUGGGUAUGGAGUUUCGGUACGUGUCUGGUUUUGUGAUCAAAGGCGUGGGUCGGGUAUGGCACAGGCGCAACAGGACCGCAUCUACCGACGAGCCACCGCACGUGGGACGCUCACACAAAGGCGAAACAGCAUCCGGGGAACGAGAUCCCCGCGCUAAGGCAACUGAAUCUCGGAAAAAGCACCGAUCUCAUGGACACCGAGCACAGCAUCGCCGGCAGAAGAGUAUCCCGUCAGCCCUCAUGCCCGACGAUAAGGCCGACAUCCUCAAGGGCUUGCUCAUGAUCGCUACCUGCUGCGUUCUGAUGCGCUUCGAUGCGAGCCGGAUGUAUCACUGGAUUCGGGGACAGGCAGCCAUCAAGUUGUACGUGAUCUACAAUGUGCUAGAAGUCAGCGAUAGACUGUUUGGCGCUAUUGGUCAGGACGUGCUUGAGUGCCUAUUCUCGCGUGAAGCGCUGGAGCGGCGACCCGACGGCCGCAGCAAGGUCUUCCGGCCGUUUGGGCUCUUCUUGCUGGCGUUAGCCUACACAGUCAUUCAUUCGACCGCACUGUUCUAUCAGGUGAUGACGCUGAACGUCGCGGUGAACUCUUACUCCAAUGCGCUAAUCACCCUGUUGCUCUCCAAUCAAUUUGUCGAGAUCAAAUCCACGGUCUUCAAGAAAUUCGAAAAGGAGAACCUCUUUCAGCUCACCUGCGCGGACGUGGUGGAACGCUUCCAACUCUGGCUCAUGCUGACGAUCAUCGCGUCGCGCAACAUUGUGGAAACCGGGGCAUUCAAUAUUUUCAGUGGACUGGGCUCUAGCUUUACUUCAACCAGCACCAACAGCACGCCGCUAUCAACCCCGCCACGAACUGCAUCCUCGAUUCUCCCGCAGGCCUUCACGAUCGUCCCGUCAUCCAUCAUUGCCUCCUUCAGCCAAGCCAAUUCCUACCUCCCGACGCUGGCGCAAGUCCUAGGACCCUUCCUCGUCGUCUUGGGCUCAGAGAUGCUAGUCGACUGGCUCAAGCACGCGUACAUCAACAAGUUCAACAACACCCGUCCGGCCAUCUACGGUCGCUUCCUGGACAUCCUGGCCAAGGACUACUACACGAAUGCGUUCGCGGACCAAAACCUCAUGCGCCGGCUCGGACUGCCCGUGAUCCCACUCUCCUGCCUCUUCUUCCGCGUCAGCGUCCAGACCUACCAGAUGUUCAUCGCCGCCUUGCUCCCCCAGCAGCCCGCCUCGUCCACCGCGGUCGAAGCCACGUCCCUCACAGCCAUCCACAGCCAAUACGUCCCCGCGCCCAUGCCCUCCCCUCCCCCGCUCACCUUCCAGAAUUUCAUCCCCACCUCGACCGCCUACGCCGGGGCCUGGUUCCGCCAGAUGCUCGCCAACACCAUGCCCACCCCAGCCUCAUCCGUCUACAUCUUCACCAUCGUCCUCAUCCUGACCGGCUACGUCGUCCUCCUGAUCCUCAAGUUACUGCUCGGCAUGCUCCUCCUCGCGCUCGCCCGCUCCCGGUACAAGGCCAUGAAAUUGCGCGAGGCAGAACAACAAACUCACCUCGCCGCCGUCUCAGCCUCAUCCCUCUCCACCGCCGGCGGAUCAGGGCCCGCAACCACAACCACAAACGAUCCCGCCCCUCCCCCUGGCACCACUGCCCCGGCUGCGGCGCCAGCAGCAGCAGCAGUAGCACAGUCCCGCCCCCGCGAAUUCGCUGUCGAGGGAAGCCGCCGAGUCGGCGGAUGGGGCGUCGUCGAGGUGAACGACGAUCACCGGCGGUGGAUCUACGCUGAUGACCCGGAUGGUCUGCGCAGACUCAAAGCGAAGGAGGAGAAGGACUCGAAGGCUGGUGGCAAGGAGGAGCUGCAUCUGGAUCACGUGCAGCGGUAUGAGAUGGUCGCCAAGCGGAUCUGGUGAGGGUUGUCGACGAGUCGGUAUCGGCAUUGUUGUGUAUGUUUUUAGCCGCCAUCCGCUGUGAUUAGCUGCGUUAAAUUUAGGUAUAGUCCUGAUAGAUUAUUAUAUACGCUGUUCGUCUUGAG